GGCCGGGCUGCGGGGCUCGUACCGCGGCCACAGCGGCAGCGGGGGCGGCAGGAGCGAAGGGGGGAGCACGGCAGGUUAAAACGACAAUCACUAUUAUGGAGGAGGACUUAGAAGUGUUCCAGGAACAAGCUGUGACUAAAGCUUCUCCAUGUGAAGCUGAACUUCAGGAAUUAGUGCAUCAAAUUGACAUCAUGGUAAACAGAAAGCAAGUAGAAUGGGAAAGAAAGAUGAGAGCUUUGGAAGCAAAGAUGGAUAUCCAGGAUCAAGAAUUAGCAAGUGCCCAAAGCAAACUGGAUCAAAAAGGUCAAGAGGUGGGACUACUUCAACAAGAAUUGGAAAACUUACAGAAAACUAAAAAUGAAAUGGCUCAGAGUUAUGAAACUCAGCUUCAAGCACUGAAAUCUCAAUUCUCAAAGUUGAUACAUAGUUAUGAAAAGCUACAGUCACAUCAGUUAAAACAAAAAAAGCUCCAAAGUAGAGAUGAAUGUGAGGAAAACCUGGAGACAUCAUCUAACCCAAGGAAUUUAUAUGUGAAACUUGAGGAAUUUAAGACAAAAUCACAACAAUGGGAGAAGAAUGGGACAACCUGUGGAAAUAACCCUUCCUAUGUAGAUAGGCAACCCAGAUUAUUGCCCGAGAAAUGUAAUUUAUUUCAGAAGCAGACCCAGAAUUAUCAACUCCAAAUAUGCAAUAGGAAACAAAACGAAGAAGAGCUAAUUACCUAUACCCAGCCCAAAAGUGAAAACGAUGAUUUGAUUAUUGAAAAGCUAAAGGCAAUUGUGUAUGAAAUAGCAAGAAACAAGAAUAAACUGGUAGAGGAAAACAUGAAACUCCGUGAGGAUCUAAAAAUGUACCAAAAUCAGCGCCAGAACAUGGAGGCAGACAUCUCAGAAAUGAGAAAUGAGCUUCAGUCAAGGGAUGGUCUCUGGAGAAGGAUACAACUGGAAUGCCAAAAGUUGUAUACAGAAUUAUUGAAAAUCAAGGAGUAUAAAGAUAUGCAGGAAAGUCAAAUAAGGCAUCAAUCAUCUCGUGUUCAGCUUACUGAGCAACUAGAAACUAAAACCACUGAGUUAUUGCUAUUUGCAGAAAGUCAAGAACACCAAGAAGAAGAGCUGAACAAGAUAAGAAACCAUGUUUAUCAAGAGGAGCAGUCCCAUUGCUCUGAGCAGGAAAGAAUGAAGACAGAAAUCUCUGACCUGACAGAGGAGCUUCAUCAGAAAGAGAUCACUAUAGCAACUAUCAUGGAGAAAGCUAGUCUUCUGGAAAGACAGUUAAAAAUGGAGUUAGAGACAAAACACAAAUUGUUAACAAAACAGCAGUUGUUGGAAUUCCAUUACCAAGUUAUCAAAUCUGAAAACACACAUCUAAAAGAAAUGGUGGAAAACCAGGAAUGUGAAAGUUGCAUGUGUAUAGAUUUAUGUAACAAAGAACAUGGAAAUUUCACAGCUUCUCUUCACAAAAUGAAACAUGAGAAUUUAAGUCUACAAAAUAGCCUUGUUAAACCACAAAAUGACACAGAAACAUCGAUACUGGGUUGCAUGGAUACAUAUAGAGAAACAGAGCACAGCUACCAAACCCAUUCAAAGAUGCAAGAAGAGAGAGGCCAUGAAAAGAAAAUAGAUUAUAAAUCUCCAUUACCACCAGUGGGGUGUCCUUUGGGCCUUCCUGGGCCGUUUCCUGCAGUGGGCAGAACAGGCAGCUUUCAGAGCCCUGCUUACAAUGAAGAAGAAAUCAAAUUAUCGUCUCCCCCUGAGAUGUCCUUCCUUGCAACAACAGAAAAGUUCUUUCAAGAGGAAGAGAAACACGCAAGAGAAUUUGAAGAACGUUUAAAUUCACACAUUGAAGAGCUGCAAAGAUAUUCUGAAAAUACUCUAAAAAAAUAUGCCAGGAUGCAGCAAAACAGGCAUACUUAAGCCAGUCACACAAUUAAGAAAAGCAAACCAAGUAAUCACCCAUGAGUUCCUUAGAACUAAAAUCUGCAACUAGCUGCUUAAUGUAUUUAGGCACAUUGCCAAUAGCAUGUAUUUGUAACACCAAGUUUUCAAGAAAAUCAUCAUUCUCCUACAGAUUUAAGUAUAUUGUAACUUGACUAUAUGACAAAAUAAACUCUGAACAUAUUCUAAAAUAUACAGGUGGGUUUUGCACAGUUAAAUUGUGUGCAGUAGAGACCCUCUUGCAGCACUGUAAAUUAAGAUACUUAAAAUUCUGUAAUGUACAAAGGGCCAAUAAGUGGAAUUAUUCCCUUGAAAUUAGAAUCAACGAAGACAAAUUCUCUAGAUUGUACAGAAAAAUAAUAAAGGCCUUCAACCAUG